AUGUCGGUGUUGGGCGACCCCACAAUAGUCCAGUGCCAUGGGCGCAAACCCUCUGCAGAACACGUUUCAUCACAAUCACCCCCACGGUCCCUGCGCAAAGCAAUCUCCAUCCCUGCCGUCUCGACCCUCGUGAAAGACUCGUGGAAUUGGGCCGGUGAUACUCUUCACACCUACCGCGACGGCCUUUCCAAGGAGCAGCGCAAACAAAAGGCGGAUACCGAGGAUCGCAAACAGGUCCUGUAUCUACGGAUAAAGAAUGCUGUGUCGUACGAGGAAUGGCGAAAUUGCGCCAAUGAACUAGAUGAACUAGAAGGCAACAACGUCUGGAAGCAGACGUUUGAGUGCUCCGAAUAUGACCCUCAGUUGGUACAAGAUCGCUUGCGACAGCUGGAAGAGGCUCGGAUCAGCUGCGAUGUAAGUCGCAUGCUGUUUUUGGUGCGCACGGCGCUGAGUCGGGACCUGGCACACAUGAGUAAUGCCUCCCUUUAUCGCCAUUCGCAUAUUGGGACCAAGGACUUGAUCGAUAGAUAUAUUACGACCGCAUUGGACACCAUCAAUACCCUGGUGGAUCUGUCGGUGCAUGGUCGCUGCGAUGGGCUGGAGCUGAAGUACAUUCUGGACCAGCUGUUGGCGGCUCGACAGGCAUUUGGCCGUAGUGCGCUUCUCUUCUCCGGCGGUGCCACUUUUGGAAUGACUCAUAUUGGUGUCCUCAAGGCUCUUUAUGAGGCGAAUAUGAUUCCUCGGAUCAUCUCUGGAGCCUCUGCUGGCAGUAUUGUGUGCGCGGUCUUCUGCACGCGUACAGAUGAAGAGUUGCCGGAACUUUUGGAGACCUACGUUCAUGGUGAUUUUGCCGUAUUCAACGGGAAGGGUCAAGAAGAGAACGUUUUGCAGAAGAUGACUCGAUUCUUAAAGUUUGGAUCGUUUUAUGACAUAAACCACUUGGCGAAUACGAUCAGGGCCUGGCUCGGAGAUAUGACCUUUCAGGAAGCCUAUAACCGCACUCGCAGAAUUUUAAACAUUUGUGUGUCAAGCGCCGGUAUGUAUGAGCUUCCAAGGUUGCUGAACUAUAUCUCGGCGCCUAAUGUCUUGAUUUGGUCUGCUGUGGCUGUAUCAUGCUCUGUCCCCUUUGUCUUCAGGCCAUACACGUUGAUGGCCAAAGAUCCCUUGACAGGCGAACCGGUCCCAUGGAAUGACCUCCACAAACAGUAUAUUGAUGGCUCAGUCGAUGGUGAUUUGCCAAUGACACGCUUAUCAGAGAUGUUCAACGUGAAUCAUUUCAUUGUCUCUCAGGUGAACCCUCAUGUGGUCCCAUUUCUUCCAAAGGAAACAGGACCGCAGGGCGACUCAGACUAUGGCCCAUCCUUGAUUCCUAGGUGGAUGAACACGAUGACACACCUGGCGAAAGAUGAAGUUUUGCAUCGUAUGAAUAUACUCUCGGAUCUUGGAGUCUUCCCGACGUCAAUGACCAAGUUUGCGUCAAUUGUGAACCAGAAAUAUCAUGGAGACAUCAACAUAUAUCCGGAACUCAUUUCUUCCAACUUUCCGCGGCUCCUGGAGAAUCCGACAACGGAGUUUAUGCUUUCAUCAUGUUUAAGCGGCGAGCGUGCGACAUGGCCGAGACUCAGCCGAAUUCGAAACCACUGCGCCAUUGAGCUGGCACUCGAUAGCGCCAUUCAAAAUAUGCGAGCCCGAGUGGCCUUCAGUCCGAGCCAAGUUGACCUACGUAUGCCGAACUUUAGUCGUUACUCGAUUGACUCAGCAGACAGCAGCGGAAGGGGACGUUAUCGCAACAGGCGAAGAGGAUCCCACAGUCCCGAGCUGGAAAAGAGACAAUCGAGUGGGAAAGGGCGACAUCAAGCAGCUCGGGAACUGCGAAAGGCACGAAGCACUGUCUCCCUAGAGAACCCGUCCCCAAACGAGUCAAAACCCGUGUCGACCCAAACAAGAUCUCACCGUCGCACAUCCUCAGUAUCUAUUAGGAACGGACCAAUAUUCGAUAUUGGAUCAAGUAGCGAUGAGGAGAUUGAACGGCUAUACACUCUUCGUCCCAAACUUGCAGGUCAUCGAACAUCCUCAGACUUACCUGCAUUUGGCGGAGCACCCGUGAGCCACGGACCCCGUAGCCCCGUCCGCUCCCGUCGAUCCUCAUUCUCUUCUGGCCCAACUUUCAACGAUUCCUCUGUUACGGCACGUCGCAGCUCCCCGAAGAAGGCUCGUGCGUCUUCGGCUCGUGAGUUCUCAAUGACCGUACCACCGUCGUCCCGUCAUUUGCUCAGCAUGACCCCAACGCCGACGGUCUAUCCGGGUUCGCCUGACACCACCACGCGCAAACAGCGGCAUUGA